UAGCAAACGUCGCCGCCGGUAACAUUACCAUCAGCCCGCCCGACGACCUUGCACCUCCCGGACGUGCCCAAUUAAGACGGUGCGCGUCGAGUAUUAGUGCAGCUACCUACAUACCCCAGGAACUUACCACUCUUCAUCUACCGAGUUGUCAAUCAACACCAACACGAUGCCGACACCCGAAUCCGCCGCGUUCCUGGCCAAGAAGCCCAAGGUGGCCCCGACCUUUGACGGCGUCGACUACGAUGACAACAAGGCCCUCAAGGCGGCGCAGGACGCCAUCGUUCGCGAGCAGUGGGUUCAGGUCAUGAUGGGUCGUCUGAUCCGUGAGGAGCUCGGCAAGUGCUACUACAAAGAGGGCGUCAACCACUUGGAGAAGUGCGGUCACCUGAGAGAGAGAUAUCUCCAGCAGCUCAAGACAGCAAGGGUCAAGGGCUACCUAUUCGAGCAACAAAACUACAUUGAGAAGCAGGAGAAGAGCGCAUAAGAAUGCAUUCAGAUGUACUAUGGAUUAGGGAGAGAUUUUCUGUGCAAUUGAAAACGAUGGGUUUCUACCUAGAUAGACAAGGAAUAGCGAUUUCAAUGAGCAUAUAUGAGUGAUUGCAAG